AUGAGGCAUUGUCUGGCUUUUAUCACACUCAGUGAUGUGUUUGUUAUGAGAAUUAUAUGUGGUGUUCGAAAGUUAGCUAUUCAUGUAGCAUCACUUCUACCUGAGUUUACAAAACUUCCUCCUCAAUGUUUUGAAUGCAAACUUCAGAAUUCUCCCUUAAGACCUGAUGCAGAAAACACUCGGGUGUUCCAAGAUCUUGUUGGUGAAGCUGAAGAGUUAACUGCUACAGUUUUGUCUAUUAGUAAUAAUGUAUGCACAGUGGCAUUAACAUAUGACGUAGAUAAUGAAGAAGUAAAUGUCAGUGAAGUGCUGUUUGGAAAGAAGAAUGUGGAUUCUACUUUGUCUGAAAACGCAGCGGAUGUUCUCUUUGUUGAUUAUGGGAAUGCAGAAAACGUACCUCUACAUUCUUUGAAAGUUUUAGAUGCGAAGUUUCUAGAUGUACCUCCUUAUGCUAUAAAAUGCAAGCUAAAUGGUGUUGUACCUAUUCAAGAAUCAUGGACUGAUGAUGUAAUCAACACUUUUCAUGGAAUUGUUGAUGAUUGUCUCCUUGGUGUAACCUUCAUUUCAAAAGAUAUUCCUGCUAUUGUGAAUUUAACAAAAGAAGAUAAAGAUGUUGCUCAGACCCUUGUUGAUAUGGAAUUAGCCAAUGUUGAUACAUCUACUGAAACGGGUGAAACAUAUGCUGAAGAUCAUUUAACUUCACCCAUUGAAGAUCAGCCAUGUUCUUUUACCAAUGAUCAGAGCUAUCCUAGAAGAAAGUUUACUGUUGGUUCUAAAGUUGACGCCAAAGUAUGUUAUGUUGAUUCGUGUGACAGGUUUUAUAUUAUGCCAGUAGAUUUUAGCACAAAUUUGGACACUGUUACCCAUCUUUUGAAGAUUUUAUAUGGUGAUAAAGAAGAUCAGCAGUCGUUUGCUUCUCAAGUACUUGAUGAUAUUAAACCAUUAACUCCUUGUGUUGCAAAGUACAGUGAAGAUGAAACAUGGUAUCGAGCACUUAUAACAGAAGUAGAUGGGGAUAAUAUUUGUGUCUCAUUUGUUGAUUAUGGUAAUUCAGAAAUAAUUUCAUUGGAUAACUUGAAGCCCAUAACUCGAGAACUGUUUGAAGUUCCAGUAGUAGCCACAGAAUGCAGCUUGUUUGGUAUGCAAGCAGUUGAAGGUAAAGAGCAAGAAAUUAGUGAUAAACUGGAGGAGUUUUAUGUUGAGGAAGUUGACGUUGAAUUGGAAAUUUGUGCUUGCAACCCCUUGAAAGUUAAAUUGUAUCACAAUGGAGCUGAUUUUAUUACCGAUUUAAUCAGUGAAGGUUUAGCUGUUGCAGCUGAAUGUAAUGUAGAUUCGGACAUUCAACCUGAUGCAGAAAUAGAGAAUGAAAGUUCUCAGAAUUCAAACAUCGUUGUAUCACCACCUGUUUCUGUUGAUCUUGAAACAAAUCCAGUUAGCGUUAAAUUUUAUGAGAUUGAAAAUAAUGUUGCAAUAUUGUAUGCUGUUCCAAUUGAUUUAAAUGAAGAAUUAGAGAAUUUACAAGCUCACCUCAAUGAUGUAUAUAAUGAAAUGGAAAGAAAACCUGUAGCCUUUGAGAACAUGACAUUUUGUGUUGCCAAAUAUUCCGAAGAUGAGUGUUGGUAUAGGGCUCAAAUUCUGUCUUCUGAAUCCGAGAACAUUAAAGUGAAAUUUAUUGAUUAUGGGAACAGUGAAGUUAUAGAUGUGAAAGAUAUAAAUGUGCUGAUUCCUGAAUUUGCUCAGAAACCUCAGUUCUCUAUCAGAUGCAUUCUCCCAUGCUACAAAGUGAUAGAGGACAAGAAAGAUGAAGUUUGCAGUACUUUAGAUGAAUGCAUUUAUGAGGAAGGUGUACAACUAAAACCUUGUCAGUAUACUCAUACGGCACAAGGUCUAUGUCUUUCUGCUGUGAUAUAUUCAGAAGAAAAUAUUUUUGAAACUAUGCUAAAUAAUGAAUUAGUGACUUUACAGUUUCCAGUUAAUAAUCAAGUUAGCAGUACAUUUGUGGCAACUGUAGAAAAAUUCGAAGAUGGCAUAUUUUUCAUAAUUCCUCUUGAACUCAAAAAGGAAAGGGAGAGUUUUCAACUAGAGCUUCAGAAAUUAUGUACUUCUGAUGCUACUCCGCCUGAAAUAGACCAAAAGCACUUUUAUGCUGUCAAGAAAUCUGAUGAUUGGUAUCGUGCUGUUUUGAUGACUUCAGAUGGUGACAGUGCUGUUGUGAAAUUAAUAGACUUUGAAAGCAGCCUUCAAGUCAAAAUAAGUGAUUUAGUUCUUUUACCUUCUUGUUUUUAUCAUCAACCCUUAUUGUUGCAGCCGUGCCAUGUUGAUGGUUUAGAUUCAAUUCCUGCAGCUUUUAUUGAUAAAUUUGCCUCAGAUGUUGUUAAUAAUGUAGUGCCUGUUACUUGUUCUUUGCUAGAUCCUGUUCCCAAAUGUUAUCCUCUCAAAGUAAAACUAUUUGUUUAUAAUAAUGAAAUAUGUGAUAUUUUAAAAAAUAUUAAUGAUUGCAGUGAAAUAAAUAUUAAAAUUGAGGAAAAUACUAUGGAAGAGGUUACAAAAAACGUCUUAGAACAAGAUAAUAUUAAACAAAAAACCGAAAUGGAGGAUAACCCAGACUCUGAAAUUAUAUUUGAAAAUAAUGUAGAAUCUCAGGAAAUUAUCGAAGGAGAAAGUGAAGAGAAGGAAUUGUUGAAUGAUACUGUUGAAAAAGAAGUUAAAACUAAUAACAAUUCUGAAGAUUUACAUACAGAUGAAACUAUGCCUAUUAUAAUCAAAGCAGAUGCACCGACUUGUGACUCUUCAGAAGAUAUUAUUUGUGAGGAGGAGACGGAAGUAUUACCGUCUGUUGAUAAUAAUGAAGAAAGUGUAGAGUGUUUGGCAGAACAAAAGAUGGAUUUAACUGAACAGAAUGUUAUGUCUGAAGAUAGUGCCGUAUCAGAGGAAUUGAAUUCAUUGGAAAAAAUUUCUGAAAAUAUAGAACAAAAUGCAGAAGCUAAUAUACCUAAUGUUGGUGUUUGUGCUCCAAAAAAUACUUCAGCUGAAGGGGAGCUACAUUACAACGUAGAAGUAAACUUGAAAUCUAAUGAAGAUGAUGAUCAAGUAUCAGAAGCAGAUUAUGAAGAAGCAGUAGAAGAUAUUUCUCAUUCUGGAAAUGCAUCAUUAUCUAAUAAUAAUUUAGAUGGUAAUUUUGAGGAAGAGUGUCAAGAAACAGAUUUACAAACAGAAAUUUCUCAUCAAGACAUCUGUAUAAAGGAUAGCAUGUUUGUUGAUUCUGAAAAUAAGCAUUCAGACAACUUUGAAUUUAAAAAUAAACUGGAAGAAAAUUUUCAAUUUUUGAACGAAGAAUCAAAUGAAGAUAAAUUCAACAAAGAAGGGGAGGCUGAAAGUAUUGAGAAAGUUGACCAAAGUCGAAGCAAAUGCUUAGAAAUGAAUGAAAUGAAAGAAGAAUGUAAUGAUCAAAGUGUACGCAAUGAAAGUGCAGAAAACCUAGAAGCUUCCUGUGAAUUAAAUACUUGUGAGAUUGCAGGUGCUUCCAAAGUAAGUGAUGAAAUUUUCAAAACAGAUGAAAGUGUGGAUGAAAAUGAGAAAAAUCAGGUUGAAAGCAAGCAGUAUUUGAAAGAAAUGGACCUAGAAAUCUCUAAAGCUGAAAAUGAAGACCAAAAAUUUUCAGGGUUUUCAAUUGUUGAUGCCAUAAAUGAAAAUGAGGAUGAGAGCAUCAAUAUAAAAUUUGAUAAAACAGAAGUCUCAGUAUCUUCUGAAAGUGAAGCAAAAAGUGCCAGUAUUGUGAAUAAUGAAUGCCAGGACAGUAACAAAGCUAUCGAAUGUACUGAUGCAUCUCAAACAGUUGCUGAAUCUUCUAAUGUAAUAGCAGAUAUUGAUAGUAAUUUAAAUACUUCAUCUGAUGAUCACAAAGAAAGCGUUGAAGAUUCUGAACUACAAUCUGAAACAAUUAUUAAUACAGAUGAUGAUGAAUGUCAAGAUGGCAAUCUAGCUGUUGAAUGUACUGAUGUGUCGGAAUCUGCAUCUCAAAUAGUUCCUGAAUCCAACUUCUCCGAAAAGACAAAUAGUAACUUAAAUACUACAUCUAAUGAUGACAAGGGAAGCAUUGAAGUUCCUGAGAUACAAUCUGAAAUAAUUAUUAAUACAGAUAAUGAUGAAUGUCAAGAUGACGAUCUAGCUAUUGAAUGUACUGAUACAUCUGAAUCUACAUUUCAAAUAGUUCCUGAAUCCUCCAAUUUCUUCAAAGAUACCAAUUGUGACUUAAGUACCACAUCGGAUGAUCACAAAAAAAACUUUGAAGUUUUUGAGCAAUCUGAAACUAUUGAUCAGAGUAAAGGGUUUGAAUCAAGUGAUAUUUGUACAAGUAAAGCGGUAGAAUUAUUUGAAUCUGAAAGUGUUUUAGCAACCGAUUUUGACAGUUCUGAUGCUAAUUCAACUGGAUUGUUUAGUAAUCGUCAUAUUUCAGGAAAAAUCAAUGCACUUGUUUCUGAAAUAUCUAUUUCUGGUAAUUCAGUUAUAUUAGCUAUAACUCCUUCAGAUCUUCUUGAUGAACUAUCUCAAUUUUCAAACUUAUUACAAAGCACAUAUUCAUCAAAAAACAUUCCUUUUGAGAAAAAUGUUUCACAGCUAUGUGCUAUUCUAUCUGAUGACGAUUUAUGGUAUAGAGCAAAAGUUCUUGGAUUUUCUGAUGGUAACUUUAUUUCUUUACUGAUAGAUAAUGGAUUGUGUAAAGACAUAGAUGUAGCAAAAGUUAGGAAUUUAGAACCUGAGCAUGAAAUUAUUCCACCAUUUUCUAUUUGGUGCACUUUGGCAAGUGUUUCAUGUCUUGAUGAUAAAACCGAAGAAGUAGUGGAAUAUCUCAAAACAUUAGCUAAAGAUAAGCUUAUAGAAAUAAAUGUAAUUGAAGAAGAAGAACCUUGCAAAGUUUCAAUGUUUGUUGAUGGAGUUAAUGUGUUGAAUGAGCUUUUAAAGAAGAAUUUAGUUAUUCAGACUUUACCUGUAAAUUGUGUUGAAGCUAAUCAAAGUGCUACAAUCUCAUAUUGCCAUAUUAGUGACAGUGAUAUAAAAUUGUUCAUUAAUCUCGCUGCACAAUUAGAAGAUUUGGAAAAUCUCAAAAAAUGCAUGCAGGUUUCGUACAGCACAGAAGCUUUCGAGAUACCUGCUAGUGAAUCUUCUGUUUGUGCUGUUUUCUACAAAGAUUUAUGGCUUAGGGCCCAAAUGCUUUCUUCCGAGGGAAAACCUUGUGCAAAACUAAUUGACUUUGGAGAAUAUAUCUAUGAUGUUCAAAACUUUUAUGCUCUUUUGCCAGAAUAUUGUUUAUACCCACCUUUUGCCAUUCCAUGUCCUGUAUCUUUGACUUGUAAACUUGAUGUUGAAUCGUCAAAGGACUUGAAAAAUAUUUUAGGAUCUUCAAAGUUUACAGUGAAGCUUGAAACAGUACCUGAAACACAAGCUGUUUCUGCUGUCAUAGUUGAUAAAGAUCUUAUCAACAAAAUAAAGAAAUUUGGCAUUUGUUUUGAAUAUUCGACUAGGGCAGCAGCAGAAAUCUUUGCGGAUGGUGAUAAUGUCAAAAAUAACUGUCUAAAACUUACUUGUAAAGAAUUAGAUGAUAUUAAACUCGAAACUCUGAAUGAAAUGGGGGAAAGUGUUUCAACAAAAGAAUAUGUUUCCUUGUUAAAUGAAUCAUUUUCUACAGACUCUUCCAUUGAUUAAUGUGCAAAAUAGUUUUUCAAACUUUAUGCUAAAAAUAUUUUAUGAAAAUUUCAUCUGUUUCAUUGUAUUUGUUUAAGAAAGUAACAAAGGAAAAUAAAAAUAUCUCUAUGUCAUAUUUUGUUUGAAAUCCAUACAGUCUUAUAAUCAAGUAAUUAAAAUUUCCAUUUGUGUUUGUAACUAUAAAUUGUAAACUUACCUUUUUUCAAGAUAGAACAUUAUAUAAAGAGAGCAUUUUCCUCUUGAAAUGCAGAACUUUUAAAUUGUAUUUUCUUUAUUUUUAAGUAUUUUCUAGUUGUGUUAAAAUAAUCAAAUUAUUUACCUCUCAAGCUCGUUUUAAUUUUUUUCAAAAGUAUUUUCAGUACAAAGUUGAAAUGGGAAUUAAGGUAAUUUUUAGAUUUCAAAUGUUUUAAUGUUGAAGUAUUUUUUCCUGCAGUAAAAAUAUUGCUUUAUGUUUUUCAUAACAUGCAAGCACUUAUUUGAUGGCUCUUCUGAUAUUCAAGUUUCUUCAUUUCAAUGCUUUUGUUCAGAAAUGUCCAAUUUUUUCCUGAACAUUUUACUUUUCCUCCCCCCCCCUUUCGUUUAUUUUCCCUCUUUUCAAUAGUUUUAACAAAUCAAUACUUAAAAAACUUUCGUCAAUGAAAUAUUUUUUUUUCUUAUUGUAUGAUAAGUUCUAUAAAACUUCUAUUCUUCAAAUAUUGAAAAUGUUUUAUCUUUUUUUCUCUCUCUCUCUCUCUGUUUAUCUGCUUUAAAUUGCUUUGAAAAAAAUUUUGCUUUAAUCCUAAAAUUCAAAUAGAAUUUGCAGUAAUCUCAUUUGAAUGCAAGUUUGCAUUUCAAUCCCAAUUGAACAAUAAUUUGUUUUUGGUUUGAUGUGACAUUCCCAUUCAACUUUUAAAAUGUAUGUAUUCAGUUCUUUUUUCUUUUCCUCGCUGUGUUAAGAAAGCCCUCAGUACUGUAUAUUGGAAUUGUAAAAUUUGUUAUUAUUAUAGAUUUUUAAAAGCAUUUGAAAAUACAUAAAUUCUGAUACGAGCAGCUAACACAUUUUCUUUAAUGAGGACUGACACCUAAAUUUGGCUGUUAAGACUGUGUUGGCAGAUUGUAUAAUAAAGUGUACAUAUGUUGUUUUAAGUUCAUGAGCAUAUAUUCUUCAUUCUGAGGCUGUAAGAAAUUAUUAGAAAUUAAAUUUUUUCUA